UAUAAGUCUUUGAUUAGCUGUAUGCUUCAUUAACAUUUGCAGCCACCAAGUAAAUUAUCAAGAAUAAUUUUGUCAUGGCAGAAAGUACAGUGAAGGUUCUAGGUACACAGGCAAGUCCAUUUGCAAAUCGAGUUCUAAUUGCCCUCAGUGUUAAGUCUGUCGACUAUGAGUUUAUUCAAGAGGACAUGUCCAAUAAAAGUGAGCUUCUUCUUAAAUCCAACCCUGUUCAUAAGAAAAUUCCAGUCCUUAUCCAUGGUGACAAGCCUAUCUCUGAGUCAUUAGUCAUCGUCCAAUACAUCGAUGAGACAUGGACUAAUGCCCCCUCCAUUCUACCUUCUGACCCACACGACCGUGCUGUUGCCAGAUUUUGGGCUGCGUACGUUGAUGACAAGUGGUUACCUUUGAUGUCGGAUCUUGGAAAAGCACAAGGAGAGGAGGCAAAGGCAGAAGUGCAAGAGAAACUUCAACAUGCAUUGGUGCCUUUAGAAGAGGCAUUUGUUAAGUGUAGUAAGGAGAAAGCUUUCUUUGGUGGAGACAAUAUUGGUUACAUAGACAUUGCUUUGGGGUGCAUUUUGGGUUGGAUAAAGGCAAUAAAGAUAAUGUUAGGAGUGGAAAUAUUUGAUGUAACAAAGACCCCUGGCUUGGUUAAAUGGGCUGAUAGAUUCUUGGCAGACAAAGAUGUUAAAGAUGUUAUUUUGGAGCCAGAGAAACUUGUUGAAAUCCUUAAGUUACAUUUGGCCAAAAGAGAAGCUGCUAAUGCAAACUAAAGCAUGGUGUUUGUUAUUUGUUCGUUUUCUUUUUGGGUAAUAAAGAUUGUCUAAUGAAGCAUCUUAGCAAUUAUGCUAUGGACAAUUUCUUUGUAGUAGAAGAAAACAACUUUCUACCUGCUUCUUGCCUUUGAUUCC